ACAACCGAGUCCGUGCCACAAAUUGAAAGUGAAAGUUAGUUACGUAUCAUCUCGCGAGAGGUAUCAUGGUGGUUAGCAGAGAACUUGCAUCAGAUAGAAAUCAGUGAAACAGUGAAAACAACAGUUAUGGAGUUUUCUGACACACAGAUUCAUAUUCUGAUAAACGCUAUUAUGUCGGCAAUGGGGUUCAUUGUGUGUUAUAACAUCAUUCCGAAGUUUAGAACGAUGUUUAUCAAUGCACACCUCUUUGGCAUUGACAUGAGCAAAAGGGAAAAGAAACAAAUUCCCGAAUCUCAAGGAAUGAUAUGUGGAGCCAUUUUCCUGGUCAUCAUGUUCUUAUUUAUCCCAGUACCAUUUUACAAGCAUAUUUUGACAGACAAUUCUGGAAAUUCAUUUCCGCAUCAUGAGUAUAUUGAGUACAUUGCUGCCCUUCUGUCUAUAUGCUGUAUGAUAUUUUUGGGAUUUGCUGAUGAUGUUUUGGAGCUAAAAUGGCGACACAAACUGUUUCUGCCAACUAUGGCCUCUCUACCAUUACUGAUGGUUUACUUUGUGAACUUUGACUCAACAGUUAUAAUCGUACCUAAACCUUUGCGCUUUUAUUUUGGUCAUGAUAUUAAUUUAGGAAUUUUGUACUAUGUGUACAUGGGAAUGUUGGCUGUAUUUUGCACUAAUGCAAUAAACAUCUUGUCUGGUGUGAAUGGACUGGAAACUGGACAAUCUCUUAUCAUAGCUCUUUCUGUACUUAUUUUCAAUUUCUUGGAGCUGAAUGGAUGUUGCAGAGAGGCACAUAUUUUCAGCAUAUAUUUUAUUCUACCAUACACAGCUGUCUGUUUAGCCAUUUUCAUACAUAACUGGUACCCAGCAGAUGUAUUUGUGGGGGACACUUUCUGCUAUUUCUCAGGAAUGACAUUUGCAGUAGUGGCAAUUUUAGGGCACUUUAGCAAGACAAUGUUAUUGUUCUUUAUACCUCAGGUCUUCAAUUUUAUAUAUUCAGUACCACAGCUUUUUAAAAUGGUUCCAUGUCCAAGACACCGGUUACCUAAAUAUGAUCCAGCAAGUGACACUGUUGGUAUGAGUAAAACCACCUUUAAAUAUGAAAAAUUAAACAUCAUUGGGAAAUUGUCCGUGACCGUAUUUAGGAUGUUAUUCCUCCUUGAAGUGAAGGAAGGUGUUGGAGAAGAUAAACAGUAUAUCGAGUGUAAUAACAUGACUCUAAUUAACUUGGUGCUGAAGUUCUGUGGACCUCUGCAUGAAAAGACACUAGUCAUUAUUUUGUUAACAAUGCAGGUUUUAUGCAGUGUUCUUGCUUUUGGAAUAAGGUAUCAACUUUCCAAAGUAUUUUAUGAUUAGUGAAUUCCAAAUAUGAUCAUCUGAAAGCCAUUGUUGAAUGUAGGAAAUAUUAAUAAAAAAAAUUAUGCCAAAGGCUGCCACUAUAUGUAUAUAUUAAUCAAAAUAAAUUCAUUAUCUUCUGUGAGCCAUGGGCUUUCAUUUGCUUGCAUUUAUAUCAUGAAUUUAUAUUUGAACAAUUCAGUCAUGAUUUAAGAUUACGUAUUUUAAAUUAUUUGUGAAUGAGUUUGAUGUCACCUUUACAAAAUUUUAAUGAACAGUCAUGUAUAGAUAAAAGUUUUCUGUAAUGGAUGCUUUACAAAUGAUGG